UAGUCUUUUGCCAGUCUUUCUGCUUUCAGAUUAAAGACCUGUGUGCUCAGGAAGUUCCUCCAGCUCUAAUUUGUAGGUGCCGAUGUGAUCUUCAGCCAAGACUUCCCAAAAGCAGUGAUCUCCAUAUGUGGUUCGAUGGCCCUGGGGAAAUAAGAGCUAAACUCGUCUAAGAGUGAAAUACUGAGCUUGGGCUAAAGCUGCAGCAAAGUUCACCUCUCCUCCUUUCCUUUCGUGAUGCACCGGCAGCCAGAGAGGAUCUAUUUAAUCAGGUUAAGAGACAAAGGAAGGCCAAAAGAGAGAGCUGAGCGGAUACAAAAUGUCACUUAAUGCCAUCUCAGUCCCACAUCUGUCACCUGAUGCUGGCCAAGCGGUAGCUCGCAUCUCCUGUGGAGAAUCUACUCUUAAGCAGGAAAUGGAGGUGAGAGAAACAAGUGUCUGAAGAUGUUACUAGAUUCAGCUUUAUGAAUGAAUGCAUGAGUCCCAGCAUGGAGAGGGAUGUGAAAUCAGUAAGUGGGCUCUUUGUAUCCAGCUGAUGAAGCUGAUGAUUGUUCUUCUAAGGCUUCCUUCCAAAGUGUGCUUGUACAGUUCGAUUGAUGCCCUGUUGUGGUUUCUUUUCUUCUCUUUUCAACUGAAAAUGGUGCUUUAAAGUUUUCUGCUCUGCACAAUGAGUUACUUCCUGUCCUACUGUAAAGGGCAUUGCAGCACUGUGCUGUCUCAGUACCAAACCCUCCGAGCAGAAGGUUUGCUGUGCGAUAUUUUGUUGAAGGUAAAAGAGAAUGAGUUCCCCGCUCACAAGUCUUUGCUGGCCUGUUCCAGUGAUUACUUCAGGGCCAUGUUCAAGAGCUAUACGAAAGAAUCAAAGGAUGCCAUCAUUCACCUGCAAGUCAUCUCAGCCAUUGGUCUGCAACAUGUUCUGGAUUUCAUCUAUACUUCCUGGUUGCCCUUGUCUUUUGAUAGUUUGGAAGAUACCUUGGAAGCCGCUACUUACUUGCAAGUGACUGAGGCAAUUGGCUUGUGCAGCCAGUACCUGACUAAUAAUCUUACUCUGGAGAACUGCUGUUUUUCUGCCAAUGUUGCUGCAAAAUUCUAUCUUCCAGAUGCUUUAUCAGCAACUGGAAAAUAUAUAAUUACUAACCUCUGGAAGCUGCUGGAUCUGGAUUUUGCUGGGCUGCUUGAGCUGAACUUCCAGACUUUGAAAGCAAUAGUAGAAUCUCCUGAUGUCCCCAUGGUCAAAGAGCAUGACUUUCUUGAUCUAGUGCUGAAGUGGCUGAGGCAUGAUAAACUGAGGUUAACCCACACUACUAGCCUGUUGGAACAUAUACGACAUGGUCUUAUUCCAGUGGAAGAUCUGCGAAAGGUCUACACACAGACAGAAGUACCACUGACAGCUCCCAUAAAAUGCCUAAUCAUAAAUGCAAUAAACUACCAUUCACUUAUCUUCAGACAACCAAUCCUUCAGGAUAAGUACACUACCCUGAGAAACCAGAAGACGCGGAUUAUCCUCCUUGGAGGUAUGAUUGCACAUGAAGGGCCUGUCAGUGAUGUGGUGGCUUUUGACGUUUACAACCACAGAUGGCAAACUUUAACACAACUGCAGAACAGAGUACAAAAUCACUGUGUGUGUACAAUUGGAAACUUUUUAUAUGUAUUAGGUGGUGAAAUAGAAGAUUUGCAAAGUAAUCCAAAAAGUCCCACUUUGACAGUUACAAACAAAGUCCAUCGCUAUGAUCCCAGGUUUAACAAGUGGAUCCAAGCCACAGGGAUGCUGGACAAGAGAAGUCAGUUUUCUUGUUGUGUCUUAGAAAACCACAUCUUUGCAAUUGGUGGGCAAGGUGAGAAUGGAUCACUGCAUUCAUCAGUGGAAGUCUACAAUAUUAGCCAAAACAGAUGGGCAAAGAUUCAGAAUUUGCCAUGUAAAAUGCAUGGUCAUGCAGGCGCUGUUUGCAAGAACAUCAUUUAUAUAUCUGGUGGCAAACACGUGGAUCAAAAUAACACAAGUAAAGAUAUGUAUUCAUUGAGUACUGUGGAAGGAGAAUGGACAAAGCAAGCCCCAAUGAGUAUUUCUCGGUUUGGGCACCAGAUGGCCACAAUCAGAGAUACAAUUUUUACAUUUUUAGGGCUUUAUGAACCGUUCUCUGAAAUUGAAAUGUAUGAUCCUAGGCAGAAUCAGUGGACACGUUUAAGGCCAUUGGUCUAUGAUCGAUUUAGUUAUGGUUUGGCAGUAGUGGAGGAAACUGCACUUCUCAUUGGGGGAAAGAAGUGGCAAGACUCUCGGGAGGUUCCAACUCAGGAUGUAGUGGGCUAUGAUAUAGACAAUGACUGUUGGGAAGAAAUCUGCAAAGCGUCCUUGCCUUGGUAUGGAUUGCAGUGUGCAGUACUACAGCUUCCUGAAUUAGUUGAAGCUAAGGAUGUUCAACAACAAAACAACAAACCAUCUCAUUGAGCAGGAGCAUCUCUACAAGGACACUUCAGCCAAAUUAUUAAACUUUUGAGAUUUCUAAAUACUACAAACGUAGUCCAGUUCAUAACAUGGAAAGCUAAUGUUGUGAGACUGCAAAUGGCAAUGAACUUUAUACUGCAAAGCAUUCUCAAACAAAAUACAGAAAGACAAGGCAAGUGUAGCCAGAAAAAAAUUACAGACUAGCAUGCAUUUUCUUUGCAUAAUGAAUUGGACAAGAAUGCCUUACCUAAGCAACACAAAAUGACUGUAUGAAGAUAUUAUACAAGGUGCUGGUGAUCUUGAUAUUUUACAAAGAUUGCUUGAUGCAAAAACUCAGCCAGGGAGGAAAAGAGGCCUGUUAAUUAGCUUUUGCACACCAACAUGUAUUUUUGAAGUUGUUUUAAGUGGUUAGGAAGACUGUGAAAGGUAGAGAAAAUGUUUGCAUACUAGGCGUGAGAAUGAGAGCAAUGUCAACAGAUACCCAAACUUUAUAUGGAAUUGUCUUCAAGUCUAUGUAGAAUGAGGGCACUGAUUCUUGUUCUUACUCUGAUUUUUCUUUAUUAUUUCCUCACAUAACCAAAUCAGACAGAUUGGUGUCACACUAGUAUACAGCCAGAUUCCCAGCUGAAACAUGAUUGGCAGGAAUCAUAACAAGAAUAUGACAAUUUUUAGAAAUGGUGCUAAAGCUGUACAUUCAUUCUAAAAAAAAACAGCUAAAAACAAUCAGCAGUGUGCAAUUAAAAAAUGAAACAAAAGGAAGUCUUGCAGAAUUCUUCACCUCCUGAAACUGCCAUUUCAUUGGGUGAAUUUAGAGUGUUGAAAAUUCAGCACAGAAUUAUGUCAAAACUAUGUAAGUAAGAGAAAGGAAUAGGAAGUAAAAGGUUGAGAGGAAAAUGUAACAGUAGGGGCUUCUAUCUAGCUGCUCAGAACAUAUGGUAUGCCAUGCCGGGUCAUACUAGCAGGAAAGUUUAUUUGUUGAUGAUUAAUUUCUCCCCAACAAUAAGCUGUACUAAUCAAAGCCAUAUAUAGCAGAGUAUAUGUUUGUAUGGGUUACAAUUCUGUGUCAUAUUGUAAGGACAGUUUGCUGUUUUGAUACCAUACAUUUAAGAAUCUUACUAAAAAUACCAGUGUUCUCUUUCUGUAUUGCUGCCAGAGUAGGAUGGUUACAAACUUUGUAAUUUUAAGCCCCAGGGAUGUACAGAUUUUGCAGCAAAGGUUUUUGAUUCCAUUGUGUGAAACUUGUGUAUAUACUAAUUUAUGAAAAUGAACAUUCAUCUCAACAUCCACUUCAUUUACAGCACACCCCUUCUAGUUUGAAAGAUAAUGGAGUAAAGAUGCAUAUUAGAUCUUUAAGCACAGUGCUUUAAAAAAGUAGAAAGAAUACAACAUUGUUUCAAACUUGACACAAUAUAAGCUGAAUUUGCUCCUUGAAAGUUGUAAAUCUGUCUCCACCAAGAUAAUAUGCAGGCUGAAGAGCUGUAGCAUAGCAACAGGUUGCUGUCUUGUAAAUGGCUUGACAAGGCAGUACUGAGAAUUUGCUGGCAUGAGGGUGCUAUGUACUAGAGCUGCACAGCCAGAUGGAUGAAGGGAAUAUACUCAUUCCAAAGUCAUUGGGUAUGCUUUAUUCCCCAGGCACCCUCCCUCCCUCCCAUAAGUCUAAAAGUCUUCUGUAGUUCACUUUGUUAUAUACUUCUCUUCCUGAACAUGAAAUGCUUCUGUGUAAGAAAAAGUAUUUAAACCCCUCCAUAGACCUGAUGGGAGAAGCAUGGCUGAGUUCUUAAGGAUUAAGAAAAACUGGUGGUGAUAGGAUGUUUUUACUCUGUUUAACUGUUUCUGCUCUUGGCUUGCCUUUUUGUUGAGAAUUAUUUUUAUUUUAUCAUGGCUUUAUUCCUUACUCUACUGUGUGAGCUGCUCUGAGUGAAGAAAUCCCACAUUAAAAAAAGAAAAUACCAUCAUAGGGGGUAAUAAUCACAGUGUUUUUCAUUUUAGCCUAUCCAUAUGUACUGAAAGACAUGAUUAGACACCGCUUGCCAUAAUAUGAAGUGGAAAGCCAUGAUGAAUCACAUCUUCCUAAUGUACAUAUACUAAAAUACAUGCAUGAACAACCAGCACAAAUUACUAUCUACAGGAAAUUUUCACGUUUCCACCUCACCUGGAUUUUCUGUGUAAGAGAAUCAUGUAAAGUGACAGCACUGGAAUUAGUCGAUUCUUUGUCUGAACCCACCCACCCCAAAUUUACUGAGUGUGGCAGAAGAUUUACUGAUCAUCUGCAUGGGGAUUAUGAAACCAACACACAUAGGGAUUAUGAAAUCCUCGUAUUAUAGGGAACACAACUGGAGAGGAUUCAUGUAACAUAUCG